AUGAAUCCAUUUUUGUUGGGAUCUGUGUUACUGUUGGCUUCUGCCUGCUCUGGCUCCUCAUAUCUGGGCAAUGCUAUGUCCUAUCAGAACCACCAAACGCACGAUGAGUAUGGUGGCUAUUCGUAUGUACACUCGCAUCCGAGUUGGGACAAACUCAACGCCAAAGAGGAAGACGUUAUGACACACAGAGCCUUCCCGGAAGGCCAUCGCUAUGACGCUCCCCAAGCUGCCAGCCAUCGAAGACACUUCGCUCCAGCUCAUGCAAAUCGUCGUAUUUAUUCGGACGGCGCUUGGCAUGGUCACGAGCGCAGCCCAAUGAACCGGAACAGAGCCCGAGUUGAAGCACCUAUUGCUAGGCGUACUUCUCGGCCGCCACCUCCCCAACCAUCCUCGUACGAUGUGUGGUAUGGUUCUCAACACGUCCCAGCGAUUGCCAACGGUGUUCCAGAGGAAACCCCUGAGGUUAGACAUGCUAAGGCCGCCCAUGCUGCCGCUCACGCUAGGCUACGGAAGCAAGGUCGGGGUCUAAGUCAGACUACUCCGAGCUAUGACAGCUGGCGUGACCUGGAUGACCAGGAUGAGUCGAGUCUCGCAUACGCCGAUGAUCAAGGUGCCUGGCGUGGACCACAGCAUGUACCGGUCAUCGAAAACGGUGUCCCACUAGAAACUCCGGAAGUUCAGGAGGCUAGAGCCGCUCAUGCGGCUGCCCAUGCCGCCGCACAUGCUUUACUCGAAAAAUAUGCAGCCCGCAGUCAGCGGGAACGGAAUGAUGAUGCCCCAGUGGAAACCCGAAACAGUGUAUGGCAGGAACCGCGAGCAACUCCAGUCAGGCUUGGCAGUCUACCACUUGAAACACACGAAGUGCGCCAGGCCAAAGCUGCCCAUCUUGCGGCUCACGCUGGGCUGCAAAGGAGUAAUCCCAACGCUCGGGUGACACGGAAUUCCGCCAGCAAUUCUAACACUAGCAGUGGCUGGCGGGGGGAACAGCAUGUUCCGGUCAUCAAGGACGGAGUGCCUCUCGAUACGCCCGAAGUUCAGCUCGCCAAGGCUGCCCAUUUGAAUGCGCUCGCUUCGGCUGGUGGCAUCACGGAACCUCUCAGAUCCGGGGACAAGAAGAAAAAUUUGGAAGCACGGUAG